AUGACCUCUGAUGACGACUGUGUAGCCUUGCGUAUGAUUUGUUUGUGGGAUAUCACCCAUGGGUCUCCGUUGGAUUUCAGCUUCCAAGUCAAACCCGUCACCUGGACGACUAUCCCCAGGUCAACCUAUUCAUCUCGGGACAGAUCCUUGAAACAGCGUCUAAACAGUCGUGAUCAUGUAGUCAAGAUGGUUGCUAAUCUCCCUAGUCUAUUCCCCAUACUUACACUUUUUAACGCAGCUGGACUCUGCUAUCUCUGGCACGAUGCCGCGGCUUUUCACUUGAGAGAUCACUUUGGCUCAGUGUCACGGUUCACUGACAGUAAGAAGGGACCCACGGGGUGGAUUACAAGCAUUAAUAUCUCGCAGUACGUUAAUUCUCCUUGGAGGUUGGCUGUCGUACUCGUGUCACUAAUAACAGGGAAAAGCUGGACUCUUCGGUCUCAGGCUGAAGUGAAGGAAGAUCCGUAUCGUGAACGUCACCGCCAGCACGGCAACUUCCCACCUGACAACAUUGCUGAGCUCGGGGUUGGUAUCGACACAAAAUACAUGGUCGAAGAGAGAUCAUCGUCCAUAAUCUUUACGGGACAUCCUUCUGGUCGUCUGUGGGUCUGCUCGAUCAUCUCACCAACGGUCAAAUGGAAUUAUCUCGAAAGUCUCAUCUCCAAUUACACCCAACCACUCCUGGCCAACUUUGUUCAUCAGCCAUCGACCGCAAGGUGUCUGGUGUUCCUGAUGUUCCUAGGACAUCUGUGCGAGACGUUGGCGGAUGAGUAUGAGAAGCUUCUCUUGCAACUCGAUGGCAUAAUCGAAAUCAGGGACCGUACGCUGUUUGAAGGCCCCGAAGACUGGUGGGGAACGGCGGAAGCAAUCAACAAGCUCAAAAAGAUGCUCUGGGGUUGGGACGCACUCAGAAUCUUUAAUGACAAGCUCUCCACCUCUUUGACACAAGUCCAGAGGGCACACGACACCAUGGAUAAUAUUAUCAAGCAGGUAUGUCAGGAGACAUCGUAUCAAGAUGCAGAACUUGUCCAAGAGGCGAAUACUGUCGUGGAUGAGUUUCGAAAACGGCAUGGCUUGCUUAUUGACGUCCACGACAAGACGCAGUUGAAGAUCAAACAGGUCACCGGUCUACGCGACGGCAUCUCCACCAUCACCAAUGUGGUUGACGCCCAAACCGCCUUGGAGGACAACAAGACGACGAUACAGCAAGGGAACAACAUCAGGACCCUGACCUAUAUCACGAUUGGUUAUUUACCGCUUGGAUUUGUCACGGGUCUGUAUUCUGUACAACAUGGCACCUUCAUGAACUCGGCCACAGACUGGCAGUUUGGCGUCAUGAUUGUUUUGUUCUCCCUUGGCACCUGGAUACUCGCGUACGCCCUCGAAAAAGCACUUGUGCGCGUCGACUGGAACAUCAUCAGGGGACACUUUGACCUGAAUCAACUGCGAUGGGCGUUCAAGUGGCCCGCCAAACCCACUCGAGAUGGCGGCCAGGAUCAAGGUCCGUCUGGUCUGGCAUGA